UUUUGUAUCGUCUUUUCACCAAAGAGCCCUUUGACUUUGUUACCUUUGGGUGAUUAGUGAUUAGAUACAGGAAGAAUCUAUAUAGAUCGUGAAAAACAUGACGCGCACCAAGAUUUCAGCACGUCGUCAGGCUCAGCGCCAGGUGGCUGAUCGCGAGGAGAAAGUGCGUCUGGCCCAAAUCAAGAUGGACUCGGCUCUGGAGAAGAUCGAUGAGAUGGGCAAGCGGUACAAGCAGGAGGUGGACAACCAAAUUAAGGUGUUACGUGGAAGCACGGACAAGAGGCUGCUAGAAAUGAAGAUGUCAGAACUGUUGGCUCUCAGGAUUAAAACCUUCGCCGAUCAUCAGUGGACAGCUCCCAAGCCGCCGACAACUCGCAGUCAGUCCAUCAGCCAUUAUCGUGGUCGGACCCGCACUCCGCAGAAUCAGCAGCGAACGAGGAUUCAGGCGCAGUCGGCGGACAGGGCUCCCGUAGGCGACACCAUGAGCUUUGUGCGCUGGCCGCGCGCCGGAGAGGUGGUGCUCUCGAAGGCGGGAAGCCCGCUGGCCGUCCAGAUGCUCCCAGGUCGCUAUGCGGACGUGCAGAUUCCCACCAAGGCCGGCGUGAUCACCGUGAAGCCGCACAAGAUCAACACCGUGAAGCGGGAUGUACUGAUGCAGCUGGACGAGAACACCCUGAAUCAGGUGAAGACCCUGAAUGCCAAUCUCGGCUUGAUCGUGGAUUUGGCCAACAAAUUGGGGAAAUCGAAACCGUAGGAGCCAUCGAAAGAAACUCCAAGAUCACGUACUUGUACGCUUAGUUCAUUAAUAUUUUAUUUAGUCUUUUUCAUUUUCUCAUUUUCAAUGUUUUUGUUCAGUUGUUAAACAUUAAGUGAACGUGUCUGUUGUUCUUGUUGCUGUCUGCUGCAUUUUGCUUGCUUUUUGUUGUAUAAUUAAUUAAUAAAUUUAAUUACUUUAUGUAUAUAUAUAUAUAUAUGUAUAUAUAUAUCGAUUUGUAAGUACAAACAUAGCGUACAGAAUUUCGUCUCCACUAGCUUUAAAUUUAAUUGUUUAAACAUUUUUCUAUUGUGUUGCAUGUGUGUAUUUUGUGUGUCUGUGUGAACAUUGUCAAUUAUGCUUGUAAGUACUUAGUUAAAUUAAAGUGUAUUGUGUUUUCUUUCAAAUGAAAAUUCAAUCGAAACUCUUUGGUUUCCCAACUUUUCAUCUUCAGUUUUAACUGUGUGAAUCCUUAGACAAACGUUACAUUUACACAUAUACAGAUUUAGUUAUUAAAAAUUAUCAUUAAUUUUUAGUGUUUAUAGUGUAAGUUUUAGCAUUUGUUUUCGGUUUCCCAUUAGAGUGUGAAAUGUGAGUGGGAGUGGGCGUGUGGUACGCGUUUAUAUAGUUACAGAUACAUAAAAAUACAAUAUAUAGC